UGACAAACCGAGACUGCGACAAGAGACACUUAGGAGUGAUGUUGUACGUUCAUACGCUCUUCAACUUACUGGCUGUUUUCUGCGGAUUUCACCAAGCACAAGGUUGCUCGCUUGUGUGCUUGAACGAAGGCUCGAUUGUGCACCCAUGUAGUUGCAAAUGUGCUCCACAAUGGACAGGAUACGAUUGCUCAGAACCAUGUGGCGGUAACAUUUCUUUGGUCACUGGUCAUAUAACAUCACCAGGAUUUCCAAAGAAUUACAAAAAUUAUGAAAACUGUAGUUGGAUUGUCGAAGUGCCUCCGGAAUCUACCGUCGUUUUGUCGUUUAAAUCAUUUGAUCUAGAAAAAUCUUUUGAUUUUGUCAAAGUUUACAAGGGAGAAACAACAGAAACUGAACCGGUUGCUAACUACACCUCAAACGAAAUUCCGUACGAAACAAUUAUGGAAAAGUCGUUUCUAAUAGUAUUUACAACCGACUCCUCAGUCACUCGUCAAGGAUUUUCUCUAUAUUGGAAUACAUAUAAAGGCUACAUUCCCAGAUUCUUAAAUGCAACCGAUGGAAACCAUGUCCACGUCACAGUAAUUAAAGGAAACAAAGUUAGCUUUCUCUGUAAUGCUAUCGCAAUUCCCAAACCUCAAAUUGUUUGGAAAAGGGACGGUCUUACGAUUCCUGAAAAUAGAAAGCUGUUCGUUAUUUCUCGUGUCAACGAAACGGACACAGGUUGGUACACGUGCGAGGCAGGAAAUUACUUGGGAAAGAUUCAGAAGAGUUAUCAACUAACAGUCCACGUUUUUCCUGUUGUUAUUCAAAUGCCGGUCAGUAUUCAUUUAGAACCAUUCUUCCCCUACAAACAUCAAGCAGCGUUUUGGUGCAAAGUGUAUGGCGUUCCUGAACCUGAAGUCAAAUGGAAAAAGGAUGGAGUAUCAAUAGAAACUACAAAACAUCGUUAUAGAAAUGGAAGAAGGUGGUUGCUAAUUAAUUAUGUGACAUAUUCAGAUAUGGGAAACUACUCUUGUUAUGCAAACAAUUCAGUGGGUCAUGUAGAGUCAAAUGCAGCAACGUUAUCUGCGUCAAAUGCUAGUAAAGACUUAUUCGGGCCUAUCUUCUUCGAUGGCGACGCACAACCUGUUGCCUUGCACCAGCGAGCUCACUUUGUCAUUUACUGCGGAUAUAAUUUAGUAUGCAGUACGAAUCAUCUAGGAAAGGCGACAAUUUACAAAAAUGGAAUUUAUUUGAAUACUUCAACUGAUGACCGGCUUGUUCUCGAUGAAGACUCAUACGAAAUUACGUUUACCGUGUUAUAUGUAAAUGAAGGAGAUGUCGGGCUAUACGAAAUGCGGUUGGUCGAUAACGGCUAUUCUUGGUUUACUGUCAUCGACGUUCAAGUUUCACCUAUCAUAUUUAUAACAACUGAAACAACAACUUUGUACAACAAAGGAACUAUAACUUGUCAAUCUAAAAUUGUCAAUCCAAAACUUACUUUUGUCUGGUCCAAAAAUGGAGUGGUUAUAAAUACCACCAACGAUGGAUACCAAAUUUCCUCUGACUAUUUCAAGAGUUAUCUGACAAUACAAUACUAUUCAAGUAAUCCAAGAGAUGGCGUUUACAACUGCACGGCCUCUAAUGCAGCGGGAACCAGUACAGCAAGUACUAGAGUGACCGUUCAAGAGAACGACGGAUGGGUGGAGUCAAAUAGAGGUUCUCAGUGCAGUUUAUCGUGUGGAUCGGGUUAUGGCAUCACACUUGUACAAAGACAAUGCAACAUCAAUAGAGUCCGGUGUUUAGGACCAGCUGUAUACGCAGAAGCAUGUCGACCGCAAACUAAGUGUCCAACUUAUGCAUCAACAGUAGCUUCACUGACAUCUUUGAUCUCAACUGGGAAUGUAAACAAAUCACAUAACGUUAUGAUCACCUCACAAGAGUUGGAUUAUACUCAUGAUAUAAGUACAACGCAAACUGUAGCUGGCAAACAAGAGUUGUCUCAAAUGGGUGUAGCUGGUAUAUCUGUGACUGUGACAGCCAUCACAACAGUUCUUAUUUGCGUGAUUAUUUUCUAUUUCGUUGUGCAUCGUCGUAGACAACUUUCUGCAAACAAAGUUACCUUACCGGACACACAGACGGAAUUUGCCUCUCGCAAAUCACUACACGAUGAUCCCAGAGCCGAACAAAACACACCAAUUGGAAUGCUGCCGUUUGUUAAUGCUGCAGUCAUUGAAAGUGAAAACUCGGAUUCGAAACCAGAAGAAAUUUAUGAAGUGAUAGAAAACGUAAAAGAUAUGGAGAGUAACCCUGCAUAUGAAGAUCUAAGGUCCGAAGACGGUGAUCAAGCAAACAUAUAUAAAACACCAAGUGCAAUGUACGUGCCAAUGCAGGCAUAUGCAAGAGAUACAAAUGAAAAGUUCUGAUGCAUCGCUAUCUUGGUACAAACUUUGUGGGAGUUAACCAUUGUUGUCGUAUUAGUGCUGAUAGCUUUAGACAUCGCUGCAGUAAUUGUGUUGUAGUUCCUUUCAUUUAACGUAUAAUUGUAUACGGCAGAUGAAAUAGUAGUGUUGACAAAUGUACGUUUUGAUUGAUAGAAAAUGUUUGCUUAAAGUUUGUGGGCGUUUUUUAAAACAUGGAUUAGCAAGAAUAUUAAAACCAACAGUG